GCACCAUCAACAAGCUAGAAGGAGCAAGAUACACCAAAGAGGGAGUCUUCCACGCUGACCCCUUGACCUAGCUCCCGAACGGCUUUGACCUUGGCGACCCAGAUGACCUCAGAUGACGUCGACGGGGGCAAGCGACCCAAGAAGAAAACGAAGCAAAACAGAGAGACCUUUGGUGAUACUGACCUUUCCGCAGAAGCAGCAGCAACAGUACACGAACAUAUUAUCUAAGGACGAAAUAUCUAGGAAACGGCGACCCUCGAAGUCGUUCAGAUCGAGAGGGUUUUUCCCUCAGAAAGGACACUCCUAUCGCACUUCUACGGGGAGGAAGACAGAGAGAUCACGUCCGUUAAACUUGUCUUGGAGAGAAUGCGCUCUCUACAAGCUAGAAGGCGAAGCUCACACCAAGCUGGGAGUCUUCCACGCUGACCACUUGAAAAAGCUCAAGAACGGCUUCAAAGUGACCUUGGAGACCCAGAUGACCUCAGAUGACGUCGACGGGGGCAGGCGACCCAAGAAGAAAACCAAGAGACAGAGAGAGGCGUCUUCGGUGAUGCUGACCUUUCCACAAGAGCAGCAGGAGGAGUGCAUGAACCUCUUAUCACGGAUGAGUCGUUUCGAGGGCGACAGUGCCAUUCCGAGAUCCGUCUCUAUCUUCGCUCUAUAGAGUGAUUGGCUCUAUUGGCUCUAUAGAGUGACUGGGGUCCAAUAAACCCAACUCUAUCCGAGGUGUAACAUCCGGGUACAGCUGACCCCACCUUACCUGAAAAGAAAGAAAAAAAAGUCAAAUUAUUUCAAAAUUUCAAACUUAUGUACAUGUAAUACGAACAAUAUGAAAGAAUUAUUUGAUGGAUGUCCCUCCGAGAGAAGCAAAAGCCAACAGUCAGCUGGUCAUUUUUGUCGUCCAUGAAACAUUUGUUUUUCUUUUCAGUUUUCCUUCAGUGUAUCCUGUGGCAUUCAUUUUUGAAGUAUUGGCAUGCAUGUAGACAUUAUGUAAUAAGUAAUUGAUGUAUGUCGUUUAGAGAAUACAAAUAAAAUCUAAAACUAUUUCGUCUAAUUCAUCGUUCAUGAAGUGUAUUUGCUAUUAAAUUGCUGUCUCUUUUUAUAUUGACAAGCGUUUCGGUAUUAAUUUUACAAGAGGAUGUUCAACAUGCUUCAUAAAUAUUAAUUUGUGUUAUACACCCACAAAAAUCAGCAAUCUGUUGAUUUCCAG